CAAUAUCGGCUGACCGACAUAACAGACGAUUUCACUUCGAACUUCCUUUUCUCACAAAGAGUUCCACCACCAAGCGAGCAUCCAAGAACACCCCCAGUACUGUCAAGAUGCCUAUGACUUGGGAUGCUGAUGCUGAUGCCCGGCUCUUUGCCGCGGUACUCGCCACUUCGGAAAUCAAGAUCGACUAUACCGCUGUCGCGGCCAGAAUGGGAAAUGGCUGUACUGCUAAGGCCGUCACCCAUCGCGUUACAAACAUCAAAAACAAAGCAAAGUCACUCGAGGCCGAUGGCGACGCCGCACCCGCUGCACCGCCUGCCGCCAACGGAUCCCGCAAACGCGGACCGAAGGCAAAGACUAAGCCAGAGAAGGCCAACGAUUCGGAGGAUGAAGCCAAACCAGCGGCCAAGAAACGCAAGACCGAGAAUGGCGUCAAGGCUGUAGCUGCCGGCAGGGCCAGUGCGAAGAAAGCUGCUCCGCCCCCCGCUCCGAAGGUCAAGAAAGAAGAGGAGGAGGACAGCGAGUCAGGAGACGACAAGCUCGACGAGAAGGAAGAAGACUCGGCUUAAGUCGCUCCUUGGCUAUUUCUCGCGCGCUGUCAUCUUCUCACACACACCCCCAAAAAAAAGCUUUUAUCGCGGCGAUAGGGAAAACGGAAACGUCGUCGUUCACCGUCCAGAAUACUUUUUUUGCAAACCAAGCCCGGAGCUGGGGAUCAUCAGGGCGACAUACACACCGGGAGCCAGGAUACACAUACUACCCCGGCAAGGCUAAGGGCCGGAACAGACAAGUCUGGGCCGGGAAACAUCGGUCGAGGACAAGAACCUGCUCAACGAUUUUGGAACGCUGAGGAGAGUGGGAACCUUGGGGGCUCUGGGAGUCAUCGCGCUGGAAUACGACUGUGCUAUGCCAUACUGUGCUGCGCUGUGCUGUGUUACCAAAAGUGACAAUAAUGGCCCCAAAAAAAUAGCUAACCUAUGCUGGAAGUGUGGAAUCUGAUGGGGGGAGAGGGAGGACGGGCUGGCCUGAAUCACUCUCCUGUGCCUUCAGACCUUGGGGAUCUCAGCUGGAUAGGAUUGGGGCCACAGAGGACUUUCAGGAUAUGGAGGGCGGAAACCAAACGCAUGCCCAAGGAAGAGAAUGUCACCUCAGCAGUUGCAGCCAUUCCAAGUAAAUAGCUUGGGGAGAGCGAAAGAGCACCCCCCCAAAAAAAGGGGAAAUCGAU